CUGUGGCAGCAUGGAGGGGGGGGACGGCAGCGCCGAGCUGGUGAUCAACAAGAGGUUCGUGUCGGAGGCGGAGCUGGCCGAGCGGCGCCGCCGGCGGCAGGAGGAGUGGGAGAAGGUUCGGAAGCCUGAGGACCCAGAAGAGUGCCCCGAGGAGGCCUACGACCCUCGCUCCCUCUACGAGCGGCUGCAGGAGCAGAGGGAGAGGAAGCAGCAGGAGUUCGAGGAGCAGUUCAAAUUCAAGAACAUGGUGAGGGGCCUGGACGAGGAGGAGACGCACUUCCUGGACGAGGUGUCGCGGCAGCAGGAGCUGCUGGAGAAGCAGCGCAGGGAGGAGGAGCUGAAGGAGCUCAAGGAGUACAGGAGCACUCUCACCAAGGUGGGAGCCAGCAUGGACCCCAAGAAGGAGGCUGAGAAGAAGCUGCCUGUGAAGGCAGUGGAAAGCAAGAACAAAUUCUCUCAGGCCAAGCUGCUGGCAGGAGCUGUGAAGCACAGAAGCUCAGAGGCUGGCAACAGUGUGAAGAGGUUGAAGCUAGACCCUGACCACGAGGAGAAGAGCCAAGACAAAGCCUCCUGCGUGGCCCUGGGCGGGGGCUCCCUGGGGGGCUCCCUGGGGGGGUCCCUGGGGGGCUCGGCGGUGCACUGCCCCUCGGCGGCCGUCUGCAUCGGGAUCCUGCCGGGGCUGGGAGCCUACUCGGGCAGCAGCGACUCGGAGUCCAGCUCGGACAGCGAGGGCACCAUCACCUCCACCGGCAAGAUCGUCUCCUCCGUCUUCCGCAGCGGCGGCUUCUUCGACGGGCCCUAAGGCCC